AAAACUGUCGCUCAUUUCACGCCGGUUUAGAUUGGAUCUUAAAGAUAAAAUAUCAAAAUUAUUGAUAUUAAUCAACGGUUUUAGUAGUUCGUGUAACUUCCAGGUGUACAUUCUAUUGGCAGGUCGAUAAUUUAGAGUGGACCACGCUCAUUGAAUACAAAAUACAGAUAACUGGAAUAGACCUUUCAGGCUUUCUAUUAGUUACUAAUCAAAUGGAGAAUCUAGAGAGCCCAUCACCUAAGACCGUACCCCCUCUAAGAAUCAAAAACGUUCGUUCGUUGCAAACAUUUCCGGUAUCUGAUGAAUCCGGUUCCGAGUCUAGUUCAGACAAUCAAAAUCUGAUGAUAGACGAAGUUUACGAAAUAAGUGCAUCCGAAGCAGAUGAAUCAGAAAACCGUGUAGCGGAAAGUGAUAAGGUCGGAUACGAUGCUGAUCGAAGUUCACGGUUAUCUUCAAAUAGGCAAUCGACAAACAGCAAUGAUAGCUCUGCGCAGCAGCCGCUUCCGAUGUACUCAUCGCAAACCGCUCAAAAUUCCAAGGCAAGUAGACGGAAGAGUCAUCACGUACCAAAACAGGUCGAUGAUGUUGUUUUUGAAGAAACUACGAUUCUCUCUGUACCAAAUGAUAAUAGUGCAGAACCGUCGAACGAUUCUAACAAAAAUCUGAUGAAACAUAUCGCAAUGCUGAAAAGCUGUAUCAACUACGUGCUGGAACAGCAAGACUUUAAACCGAUAGUUUUUAAGCAUAACUUGGAAAAAGUUUCCAAACUAAUAGAUCAAUACAACCAAAUGAAAAGUAGUAGGUAAGGUUCAUGAAUAAAGCAUAUUUAAACAAUGAAAA